AUGCUGCAGCUGCGGCGGCUCCCGCUGCGCCACCGCCUACCAGGGCCUCGAGCUCUGCAGCAGCAGCAGCAGCAGCAGCAGCAGCAGCAGCAGCAGCAGCACGUAGGCAGCUGGUCGUCAUGCUGCUCCAUCCAAAAUGCUGCCCUCGGGGCAGACUGUUCCAGCAGCAGCAGCAGCAGCAGCUGCUGCUGCUGCUGCUGCAACAGCAGCAGGAGCAGCAGCAGAUGCAGUGACAGCAGCAACGGCUACUGGCGCCGUAGCUCCCUCCCCCUUGACAGCAGCAGCAGCAGCAGCAGCAACAACAGCAGCAGCAGCAGCAGCAGAAUGGGUAGUGCUACCGCCAGUGCUGGACACAGCGCCAUCGCCUACAGCAGCAGCAACAACAGCAGCAGCAGCAGCAGCAGUUCCUGCUGCAGCAUCCUCAGCAGCAGCAGCAGCAGCAGCAGCAGCAGCAGCAGCAGCAGGUUGUAUUGGUCUCUGAAUUUGUGUCGUUAUAUACACCGCAGCCACCUAGCGAAGAAGCUGCAGCAGCAAGACCUGCGUCGAUACAAGCACCUGGAUGACAUACCUAAUGUUGCUGCUGCUGCUGCUGCAGCAGCAAAAGCAGCAGCAGCAGCAGCAGCAGCAGGAGACGGAGAACCCCUGCGUGUAGAAAGAGAAGAGUUUACGCGCGAGCUGCUGCAGCAGCAGCAAGCCCUAUCAACCCUCUUUACUGACGAACAGAAAGCAGCUCUCUUUGGGGGCGCAGCAGCAGCAGCAGCAGCAGCAGCAGCAGCAGAUGCAGCAGCAGCAGCACCAGCAAUGGACCCAUCAACAGGUACAGCAGGAGCAGCAGCAGAUACUGCAACAGCAGCAGCAGCAGCAGCAGCAAAAGGAGAAAAAAAAAAACUAUCGCCGCAGCAGCAGCAGCAACUCGAUAGACACCUCAGAAAAGCAAUGAAGGCCUGGCGUCUCCUCCGGCCAGAUGCUGAACCCUUCUACAAGGAGGAUGCAAUGCUGAAUUUGGAGAGCCAGUUGAACUCCUUGACCUUAGAACACUCUCCGCUGCAGCAGCAGUUGCUGCAGCAGCAGCAGCAGCAGCAACAGCAGCAGCAGCAGCAGCAGCAGCCAGGCGAUGAUGACCUCGUCCCUGCCGAUGUAAGUCGCUGUGUGCAUACACCCCACACAACCAGCAGCAGCAGCAGCAGCAGCAGCACUGCGACCAGCAUCAGCAUCAGCAGCAGCAGCAGCAGCAGCAGCAGCAGCACCGCAUCCGCGUUUCCUUCCGCUGUAUAA